GCCCGUGGCCCACACGAAAAUACAUCCCGAUCAGAAACUAGGUGAAAGUGUUCAGCAGCUCCUUCUAGCAAAAAUUGCGGUCUACUUGAUGACCUUCUUAAUAGUCACAGUGGCAUGGGCGGCUCACGUAAGGCUGUUUCAGGUGAUAGAGCUCAUAGAUGAUGUCCUUGCUCUUCUAAAUCUGGCUUGUAUGAUGAUCAUAACUUUCUUGCCAUACACAUUUUCUCUAAUGGCCUCCUUCCCAGAUGUACCUUUUGGCAUUUUCCUGUUUAGUGUCUGUGCGGUCAUCAUUGGUCUUAUCCAGGCACUGAUAGUAGCCUAUGGAUUCUAUCACCCUCACUUACUAAAUCAACAGAUACAAGUAUCUGAAAACCAGAACUUCUAUAAACGUCAUAUCUUAAAGAUUAUUUUAAGAGGACCGAUUUUAUGCUUUUUAGCAGCCAUCUUUUCUUUUUUCUUUAUCCCUUUGUCUUAUGUACUGCUUGGGCUCGUUAUCGUUUUUCCACACUUCAGUCGAUUCAUUACAUGGUGUAAAACCAAGAUUGUUGGUGAGAGAGAUGAAGAGGAACACCAUAGCUUAGAGACCUUCACUUUUUACCUCAGUGAGCCUCUGAGUAAGGAGCGAGUAGAGGCAUUCAGUGAUGGGGUCUACGCUAUUGUAGCAACUCUGCUUAUUCUGGACAUAUGUGAAGACAAUGUCCCAGAUCCCGGAGAAGUUAAGGAAAAGUUCCAUGACAGUCUCCUUGAGGCUUUAAGUGAAUAUGGACCGAACUACCUUGCCUACUUCGGCUCUUUUGUAACAAUUGGCCUUCUCUGGUUUGUCCACCACUCUCUCUUCCUUUAUCUAACAAAGGCUACACGACUAAUGGGACUGCUUAACAUACUUUCGCUGGCUUUCAUCGGGGGGCUCCCGCUGGCGUACCAGCUCACCAGUGAAUUUGCAGAGAGAUCUCACAAUGAAAUAGAAGCCAUCCAGGUCAGCUGCGUUAUCACCUUCUUUGCCAGUAUAUUUCAGUUUGCAAUAUGGACUACAGCCCUUCUCCAUGAGAGAGAAACUCUGCAUCCUUUCGCUAGAUACGGUGGCAAGGAGCAUGCCUUCAUGUUUGCCAAGCUUGCUCUCUACCCUUGUGUGAGCCUGGGCACCUUCUUUCUGACGUGCUUGCUAAGUGAAUUUAGCACAGCAAUUUUCCAUCUCAUGCAGAUUGUGAUCCCGUUCGCUUUCCUUGCCUUGCGCAUUUUUGUUAGAGUUUCCUUGGCUAUCAUAAAGUCUGUGAUGUCUCUCUCCAGAAGGAAGGUUGUGUUGCUAGAGGAAGAGGAGGCAUGUUUGUCUUCUGGUGAAAUGCUGUCCUAAAAUUUUCAAUGCAGUGCAAGUGAAAAUGUA